CCUCCUCCUCCUCCUCCUCCUCCUCCUUCCCCUCCUCCUGUCCCCUUCUGCACACGCUGCCGUCAGGGAGAAGCCCUUCGCUCUGUGCAAAGCGGCAGCGGCGUUAGCAGCCGGCGGCAGCAGCAGCGGCACCAGGAGGAAGAGGAAGAGGAGGAGGGGGGGACGUGUUGGACCUCCAGACCGCUCCAGGGGACGAUGGUCGGCCUGGCCGGGGUCAGGGGUCUGGCUCAUCUGGAGCGGCUCAGCUGGCCCGGGAUCACCGUCGGUGUCUGGCUGCUGCUCGGUAACCUGGGCGUCCACAUGGCUCUGGCUUCCUCCUUCCUGACAGGAUCCGUUGCAAAAUGUGAGAACGAAGGGGAAGUUCUACAAAUCCCGUUUAUCACGGACAACCCGUGUAUCAUGUGCGUCUGCCUGAAUAAAGAGGUGACCUGCAAACGAGAGAAGUGUCCGGUGCUUUCUCCAGACUGCGCUCUAGCGAUCAAGCAGCAGGGAGCGUGUUGUGAGCGAUGUAAAGGCUGCAGCUACGAAGGAAACGUCUACAACAGUUCCCUGCGAUGGCAGGUCCCGGCUCACCCCUGCAUCCGACACCAGUGUCAGGAAGGCGUGGUGACCGAAUCGGAAGUGCAGUGCGUGGUCCACUGUGAGAACCCUUCCAAGCAUCAGGGGGCUUGUUGCCCCACCUGUCCAGGUUGCGUGUUCGAGGGGGUGCAGUACCGGGAAGGGGAAGAGUUUCAGCCUGAAGGCAACAGAUGCACUAAGUGUUCCUGUCUCGGAGGCAGGACCCAGUGCGUUCGAGAAGUCUGCCCCGUUCUCUCGUGCCCGCGGCAUCUCAGCCACACUCCACCCGGUCAGUGCUGCCCCAAAUGUCUAGGCCAGAGGAAGGUGUUCGACCUCCCGUUUGGAAGCUGCCUCUUUCACAGCGACGUCUACGACAACGGAUCCUCCUUCCCGUACGACAACUGCACGACGUGUACCUGCCGAGAUUCCACCGUGGUGUGCAAGAAAAGGUGCUCUCAGCCUGGAGUUUGCAGCCGAAGCCGUGAGGCCUGCUGCGAGGAGUGUCUCUCCCGCGCCGCCCCCGAGGACAUCAAAGUGUGCAAGUUCGGCCACAAGAUCUUCCGGGAUGGAGAGAUGUGGUCCUCUUUCAACUGCACCAUCUGUGCUUGUGUGAAAGGCAAAAUUGAGUGUCGCAAGAAACAGUGCAUUCCGAUCCGCAGCUGUCCCCAUGGUAAAAUUCUGAACCAAAAAGGAUGCUGCCCCGUAUGCACUGAAAAGCCCGGAGUUUGCACCGUGUUCGGAGAUCCCCACUACAACACUUUUGACGGACGGACAUUUAACUUUCAGGGAACGUGUCAGUACGUUUUGACGAAAGACUGCUCCUCCUCUGCCCCGCCCUUCCAGGUGCUGGUGAAGAACGACGCUCGCCGGACGCGCUCGUUCUCCUGGACUAAAUCUGUGGAUCUGGUCAUGGGCGGGAGCACGCUCAGCUUACAGCAACAUCUCACGGUCAAGUGGAACGGAACCCGGAUCGCCCUGCCCUCCGAGACGCCCCAGUUUCGGAUCGACCUCGACGGCUACCUGCUGAAAGUGACCGCCGAAGCAGGCUUGGAAAUCUCCUGGGACGGGGACAGCUUUGUGGAAGUCACGGCCGCCCCGCACCUGAAAGGCAAACUGUGUGGGCUGUGCGGGAACUACAACGGGCACAAGCGCGACGACCUGAUCGGAGGAGACGGGAACUUCAAGUUUGACGUCGACGACUUCGCCGAGUCCUGGCGGGUGGAGUCGAACGAGUUCUGUAACCGGCCCCAGAGGAAGCCGGUGCCCGAGCUCUGCCAGGGCACGGUCAAGGUCAAGCUCCGGGCCCACCGGGAGUGCCAGAAGCUCAAGGCCUUGGACUUCCAGACCUGCCACUCCACCGUGGACUACACCAACUUCUACCGGUCCUGUGUGACAGACAUGUGUGAAUGUCCGGUUCAUAAAAACUGCUACUGUGAAUCAUUCCUCGCAUACGCCCGAGCCUGUCAGAGGGAGGGAGUCAAAGUGUCCUGGAAGCCAGAGCAGACCUGCGCCGCCACCCAGUGCCGACACGGCGCCGUGUAUGACCACGUGCGGCCCCCGGCUGCGUGAAGACGUGCCCACAACUGGAACGAGAUCGGGUCCGUGCGGCAAGCCCUGCGUGGCCGGAUGCCACUGCCGGCGAACCUCGUCCAUCACAAAGGGAAGGUGCAUCAAGCCGGUCCUCUGCCCGCAACGGUGACGGGGAACUCGCCGCACCCCGCUCCUCACCGCCAAUGAAGGACUGCGUGUUUUGUGGGCAGAGUCUGCCGCGCGCACACGGAACAUAUUACGGAAAUGUGUAUAUACGUAAUCCAGGAUAUCUAUACAAAGACGUACAGCGUUUCUAUAAACCAUAGAAGGAUGAAUUAUUAUAUGUUAUUUUGGCUAAAGGCUUAUGUAUUAUUUCUAGGACCUUAAUCUGUAAGCCGCUGGAGGAAUGUACGAAUAAACCAGACCUCUUUAAUUUGC